AUGGGUGACGCCUUGGAUCACCUUUCUAACCGUACCAAGUUGGAGUGGCAGGCCAACUUGAACACGGAAUACACGCCCAAGAGAAAUCACCGCAGAACCAGCAUCAUUGGAACCAUUGGACCCAAGACCAACUCUGCAGAGAAGAUCACCAUCCUAAGAAAGGCCGGUCUCAAUGUCGUUCGAAUGAACUUCUCCCAUGGCUCAUACGAGUACCAUCAAUCUGUUAUCGACAAUGCCAGACAAUCGGCCAAAGACUACCCAGGUCGUCCUCUGGCCAUUGCUCUCGAUACCAAAGGUCCAGAGAUCCGAACCGGAAACACUCCUGGUGACAAGGACAUCCCAAUUCAAGCCGGCCUAGAGCUGAACCUGACGACGGAUGAUCAAUAUGCUACCGCAAGUGAUGACAAGAAUCUAUACGUAGACUACAAGAACAUCACCAAAGUGAUUGGUGCUGGCAAGUUGAUCUACGUCGACGACGGUAUCCAAUCCUUUGAAGUGAUCUCCGUGGUGGAUGAGCAGACCCUCCGAAUCCGAGCCCUUAACAAUGGACAAAUCUCAUCCCGAAAGGGUGUCAAUCUCCCUGGUACUGAUGUCGAUCUGCCUGCACUGUCCAAGAAAGAUAUUGCUGAUUUGCAAUUUGGUGUCAAGAACGGCGUGGAUAUGGUGUUUGCAUCAUUCAUCCGUCGUGGUGAGGACAUCAAGCACAUCCGCACCGUUCUUGGAGAAGAUGGAAAGGAUAUCCAGAUCAUUGCCAAGAUUGAGAACCAACAGGGCAUGAACAAUUUUGACGAGAUUUUGACCGAGACCGACGGCGUCAUGGUUGCCCGUGGAGAUUUGGGCAUUGAGAUUCCGGCUGCAAAGGUCUUCAUUGCUCAAAAGAUGAUGAUUGCCAAAUGCAACAUGGCGGGCAAGCCGGUCAUUUGCGCCACGCAGAUGCUGGAGUCCAUGACCACCAAUCCCCGUCCUACCCGUGCGGAGGUGUCUGAUGUUGCUAACGCAGUGUUGGAUGGAGCGGACUGUGUCAUGUUGUCUGGGGAGACUGCCAAAGGCAACUAUCCCAAGGAAGCAGUGUCGAUGAUGCACGAGACAUGUCUGUUGGCCGAAAUUGCCAUUCCCUAUGCCAAUGUGUUUGAUGAGUUGAGGACUAGUGUUCUACGACCCAUCGAGACGGCCGAGUCAAUUGCGAUUUCGGCGGUGGGUGCCAGCAUGGAGUUGAACGCAGGAGCUAUUCUGGUCUUGACCACCAGUGGUUCAUCGGCGCGUCUCCUCUCCAAGUACCGACCAGUGUGCCCCAUCAUCAUGGUGACACGAAGUGCCAGUGCUUCAAGAUAUGCUCAUCUGUACCGAGGAGUGUAUCCGUUCCACUUCCCAGAACCCAAGCCGGAUUUCCGUGGGGUGGACUGGCAAGAGGAUGUUGACAAGCGAUUGAAGUGGGGUAUCUCAUACGCGAUCAAGUUGGGUGUCUUGACCCAGGGUGAGUCGGUGGUGUGUGUACAAGGCUGGAGAGGUGGAAAGGGUCACACCAAUACCAUUCGCGUGGUGCCUGCCGAGGAAGAUCUCGGACUGGCUGAGAGUUGA